GUCGUCAAGUCGAUAAGCAAAUAAAGGUCAGCUAUGUUAUGAUUAUGGUGUUGACCAUUUUGGUAAAAAAUCAACAACAGGAUGACUUUUUAGUAAAAUACGACAUCAAAUGAUGUGAUAUCAACAAUGAGUGAUUCUGUUAUCACCGUGAACACUGUGCUAGACUGCAAACCAAUCCUCGUACCGUAUACACCGACAACAACAUGCGAAGACAUUUGCAUCUACCUUUGCAAACAACUCAACAUAGGGGCCAUAGCCCGCCACUUGUUUGCCAUUCGUAUCACCGGCAAGAAUGUCUUCCUUAUGCCGGCAGCCACAUUUGGGGACAAGCCUGCCGCUGUGGACUUCAGAAUGCGGCUCAAAGUGGCCAGCAUUGAUAGCCUCAAGAAAUUGGACAUGAACGCAUUUAACUACUACUUUCAUCAAGCUAGAGGAGAUGUCUUGAAUAACAGAGUACCUGAUAUCAUUUAUGAGAAGUACAAAAGAGAGUUGGUUGGCUUGGGUAUUACAGACAUGUACAGGGUCAUGCUGGAGAAAGAUAUAUCAAGAGAAAGUGUGGAAAAUGAUUAUAAAAAGUAUAUACCUAAAGAAGUACUGAAAAGACAUGCAUUUUUCAUUAAAAGACCUAUACACGAUACACUUGGCAAACUCCAGAAAUCUGUUCAUGAUGCAUUUUAUGUAAAGGAAGAGUACAUUAGGCAACUGGAGAUUAUUGCACCAGAGUACCUGUCUGAAGUAUACAAAGCUGUCAUGGAUGAUAAUGGUUCAAUAUCUAGUGUAUAUAUCAAAGUCUCACCCUAUCAUCCUACUGAGCCAGGGAUCAAAUACUGUUUAGAAUCCAAAAAAGAGCAGUGGGUGUUAAAAUGCACAAUAGAAGAGCUAGGUUUCAUUUCAAUAAGAAACGAUAGUACAACAGAAAUUAGUAGGAAGAAUGGUAUACCAUUCUACCUUAAAUUCAACUCAAUGGCAACUAUGUACUCAUUCAUAAGCCUUUUGGAUGGCUACUACAGACUGACUUGCAAGUGGAUAUUCAAUAUAUGUAGGGAGGUGUACACUCCUUCCUUGAAAAAGUUAUAUGCAAUGAAAUGUCAUGGGCCUGUUGGAGGUCAAUUUUCUUAUGCGAAGCUUGAAUCUAAAAGGAGCAACAAACCUGGAUGUUUCAUCAUAAGGGAAAGUGAAUCAAAAUACAAUCAUUAUUAUAUUGAUGUUUGUAUGAAGGAAGGUCUUAAACCUAAGACGUUCAAGCUAGAAAAAAUAACAGGUGAUGAGUUCAUUUUCAAUGAUGAUCUGACAAGAUACAAAAGUAUUCAGCAGCUAAUGGCUGCUUAUAGUGAUCCAAAUGGUGCAAUUUACCUACAGGAAUGCUUGCCUCCUUCAGAAUAUGAUGUAUCUCCAUUACUUCUAUGUAGGAGUGAAAAAGAACCUGGAGGAUUUGCUUCAGAUGUAUCCAUUCCAACUUCACCUCUGUGUAUAAGUUGUAAGGAUCUCCAAGUAUACAAACUUAACAAAAAAGAAGGUGUUAGAGGCCUGACUGUAGUUUUUAGAAGCAAAUGGAUCAUUACAAAAGGCAAGAAAAUAGACGUUGCCGUGAAAAUGUUGAAACAGGAAUGUUCUGAAAAAUACUUAAAGGAUUUCCUAUCAUUAGCUGGCCAAUGGGUCUUUCUGCAAUCCAGUUCGAUAGUUCGUCUUUAUGGUAUCGCUUUCACCAGUGGAAUCUCUCUAGUCUCAGAAUAUAUUACAUUAGGUCCCUUGGAUCAGUAUUUGAGGGAAAAGAAAGGCAUUGUGAAAACUGUUGAUCUCAUUGAAGCUGCAAGUAGCUUGGCGUCAGCUUUGUGGCACUUGACUGAAAACAAUAUUGUUCACGGUAGAAUAAGAUGCAGAAAGCUGCUGGUCAGCUUACAUGACGAAAACUCUUUUACGGUCAAAUUGGCCGACCCUGGUAUACAUACUGAAUACGUGUCUUCCGAGGUUCACUGGAUACCAGUAGAAUGCUACUCAAAACUCGAUUAUGCAAAACAUUCUAUAGAAGCCGAUGUUUGGGCAUUCGGAACUACACUAUGGGAAAUAUUUAUGUAUGGAGAGGAAAUUAAACCUACUGAUCAUGGUCAAGCAAUGCGAUUCUAUCUCAGUGGUAAACGGCUACCUCAGCCCUUAACCUGUUCCAAUGAAAUCUAUGCCUUGAUGAAAGAGUGUUGGGACAUUGAUCCUCAUAAGAGAAAAAAACCGCAGGCUAUUAUGCGAGAUGUCAGCCAGAUAUUAUAUCAAGUGUACAACUCUAGGAGAACACACUCUUAUCACAAAGUCUUUAGCAGAACAGCAGUCACGGCUUCAUCAACUAGUAUUUCUUCAUAUAAUACAGAAACGACAACAGUACCAUGCACCGAGGAGUUCCCAUGCACUAGCGGCACCUCAAGCAGAGCACCGUCAGAAUGCUCGGUCAGCCUUUCUGGUGGCCAUUCUCAGAACUGGCUGCUUGGUUCUCAGGAACUUGCCGAUGUAGAAGACUCUGACAUAUGCGACAUGAGCAACAUCUUUCCAAAUCUCAACAUUUCCACAGCCACCACGUCUCUAGAUAGUCUCAAUUCGAUGCUGAGUAUAUUCGAACUGGAUGGUAACUGUAACGUGGUGCUACAGGGCAGAAUUGGACAGGGUUUUUACGGCGAAGUUUAUAAAGGCACCUUAGAAUAUAUUGACGGAGAAGAUAAGGAACCAAGAAAGGUAGCAGUAAAAAAUUAA